UAUUAAAACCAGUUCAAAUUGAUUUUUUUAAAAUUAUUAUUCAAUCAAGGAAAUAAAUGAUAAAUAAAAAUUACAAUGACUACUCGAAAAAUUGCAAAAGAUUAUGAACCUAAAGAAAAUAAUCGUCCAACAUUUAUAUUAAAAACAAGAGAAGGUGAAAAUCGUGCAGUAUCACCAAGUCAAAAAAAUGGAGGAAAAAAAGAUCAUCCAGAAAAUCAUCCACAAGGAGUUGUACAAAAUAAAGCACCAGAACCUCGUCCAUUAACAAUGUGUCAAGAAAUGAAUAAUUGUAUUAAAUUUAUGGAUGAAAAUUUACAAUUAUGUGAUAAUCCAGUUGAUUAUUUAUAUGAUCAACAAGAUUUUUUAGUUGUUGGUAUUGUUGGUGGACAAGGUGUUGGAAAAUCAACAAUAUUAUCACUUUUAACAUCAAAUUAUGCAAAAAAUAUAUUUCCUGUUCAUGGUUUGAGUCAUCAUGAGACUGGAACACAUUGUACAAAUGGAGUUGAUUUUUAUGUUACUAAAAAUAGAGUUAUUUAUUUAGACACACAACCAAUAUUAUCAUGUUCUGUUUUUGAUGCAACAACAGCAUCAUUUGAACAAAAAAAAAGUCCAACUGAUUUUACAAAUUCAGAAUCACAUAAUUUAGAAAUUCAAUCAUUAGAAUUUACAGCAUUUUUAUAUUCGGUUUGUCAUAUUAUUAUUUUUGUACAAGAUUGGUUUGUUGAUCCAAAUUUAGUCAGAUUUCUUCAAACAGCUGAAAUGCUCAAGCCAUCAUCAACAACAAAUUUAGAUCAAGAUUACGUUGAAUAUUAUCCUCAUAUGUUAUUUUUACACAACAAAGCUGAAUUGAGUGAUUUUAUGCCAAAUACAUUGGAAACAAUGAAAGAAUUUUAUAGUAAAGUAUUUGCAACGUCAAAGUUACAAACUCACAGUGGUUUAGACAUGAGUGUAACAUCAAAAGACGGCCAAUUGAAUCUUUUUUUGAUACCAUUUAUAACAAACAAAGAUGAACCAACAAUCCACGAAAAUGAAAAAGAAUUAAUUGAAAAAUUAAGAAGAAAAAUUCAUGGUAUAACAAGAAAUCCAAUGACACCAGCAAUACUUACAGAAAAAAAUUGGUAUCAUUAUGUUUCCAAAGUACUUGAAGCCAUAAAAAAAAGUCAUCUUUCUCUGGAAUAUGGAAGAUUAAUGCCUUAAAAUUAUAAUCAU